AUGCCCAACAUCAAACUCUUCUGUGGCAGCUCCCACCAGGACUUGGGCCAGAAGAUCGCAGAGCAUCUGGGCCUGGAGCUGGGCAAGGUGAUGAUGAAGAAGUUCAGCAACCAGGAGACGAGCGUGGAAAUAGGCGAAAGCAUGUGUGGGGAAGACGUGUACAUCAUCCAGAGCGGAUGUGGGGAGAUCAACGACCACCUCAUGGAAUUGCUCAUCAUGAUCAACGCCUGCAAGUUUGCCUCUGCGCACAAGCUCACUGCUGUCAUCCCCUGUUUCCCCUAUGCACGCCAGGACAAGAAAGACAAGAGUCGUGCGCCCAUCACCACCAAGCUAGUGGCCAACAUGCUGUCCAUUGCAGGCACGGACCACAUCAUCACCAUGGAUCUGCAUGCCUCCCAGAUCCAGGGUUUCUCUGAUCCCGUGGACAACAUUUAUGCAGAACCUGCAGUCUUGAAAUGGACCCAGGAGCACAUCUCCCAGUGAAGGAAUUGCAUCAUCGUGUCCCCAGAUGCUGGUGGGACCAAGAGGGUCACCUCCAUUGCAGACCGCCUCAAUGUAGACUUUGCGCUCAUCUACAAAGAACUCAAGAAGGCCAAUGAAGUGGACCGCAUGGUGCUGGUGGGAGACGUGAAGGACCACAUGGAUAUCCUGGUGGAUGACAUGGCAGACACCUGUGGGACCAUCUGCCAUGCGGCUGAGAAGCUUCUCUCGGCUGGGGCCACCCAGGUCCAUGCCAUCCUGACCCAUGGGAUCCUAUCAGGCCCGGCUAUCUCUUGCACUAAUGAGGUAUGUUUGGAAGCUGUGGUGGUGACCAACACCAUCCCCCAGGAGGAUAAGAUGAAGCUUUGCUCCAAGAUACAUGUCAUUGAUAUCUCCAUGAUCCUGGCAGAAGCCAUCAGGAGGACUCACAAUGGAGAAUUGGUCUCCUACCUCUUCAGCCAUGUCCCUUUAUGA